GUGGCCGAGCGCCGUGGAAUGAACCCAACGGACGCACCGAGAGCUGAGGAGGGGACGGGGGAAGCCCGGCGCAAGUUCAGCGACCAGGCCCGGAGAGCGUCAGAAGAGCGCGGCAGUUGCGGCUUCAACCGUCAGUCCGCCGCCUCACCACCCCGAUCCCGCGGGAUAUCAGUCCGCGGGGCCGUCCACUUCCGGCGACGACCCGCCGCCAUUUUGGGCGCCUUUUAUUUUUAAACAAAAUUUAAAAGGUGCGGUGGUGCCGGCCGGCGGGCGCAGCGGAGCGGGUGUGGGGAGCGGGGCGGAGCGCCGGGCGGGCGGCGCGGGCCGGCAGUGAGCGCGGGAUCGGGGGCCAGGCCGGGCGGCGCCCGCUGAGAUGUCCCUGGUGGAUUUGGGGAAGAGGUUGUUGGAGGCAGCUCGAAAGGGACAAGAUGAUGAAGUUCGGACACUAAUGGCAAAUGGCGCUCCCUUCACCACGGAUUGGCUCGGCACAUCUCCUCUUCACCUUGCAGCACAAUAUGGCCAUUACUCCACAGCAGAAGUCCUUCUCAGAGCCGGAGUUAGCCGAGACGCUCGCACCAAAGUCGACAGGACACCACUACACAUGGCAGCAGCUGAGGGCCAUGCAAGCAUUGUAGAACUGCUGAUCAGGAACAAUGCAGAUAUUAAUGCUAAAGACAUGCUGAAGAUGACAGCUCUACAUUGGGCGGUAGAGCACAAUCAUCAUGAGGUGGUGGAGAUUUUACUAACAUAUGGAGCAGAUGUUCAUGCUCUGAGCAAGUUUGAUAAAAAUGCCUUUGACAUCGCCCUUGACAAGCACAAUCCUGAUCUGGUUGCAAUAUUGCAGGAAGCCAUGCAGAACCAAGUGAACACGAAUCCAGAGAGGACAAACUCGGCUGCUGUUGCCACACCACAGUUCAUCAUCGCACCAGCAGGAGUAAUGAACCUGACCGGGUUGGUUUCUUCAGCAUCUACCAAAACGACCUCAGCUGUGACAGAGGAGGUAGUAACUGCAGACUCUGUCGACUCCGCCAUUCAACAAGUUGUAGGGAGUGGAGGUCAGAGGGUCAUCACCAUAGUGACUGAUGGUGGCGUACAGCUGGGUAACCUUCAGGCCGGCCUAAGUACUGGUCAGCCAUUCAUUGUGACCAUGCAAGAUGGGCAGCAAGUUCUGACAGUCCCAACUUCCCAUGUGGAAGAAGAGACCAUCAUCACGGAAGAAAUGCCGACAAAGAAGCAGUGUCUGGAGGCGGUCCUCAACCACUCGGAGCCAAUGGAGAAGGAUGCCAAUGACUGCAUGGAGAGGGAACUACUUCAGAAGCAGCUCCAUGAAGCAAACAGGAAGGCCCAGGAGUAUCGGCAGCAGCUGCUGAAAAAGGAGCAGGAAGCAGAGGAAUACCGUAUGAGACUGGAGGCCAUUGCCCGACUCCACACCACAGCUGAGGAAGUCACUGUCGUGGAGGAGGUCACAGACGAUGGGACUGUCCCAGUCAUCACUAUGGCGACAGAGGUAGAGGGUCCCGAGACCACAAUAGAAACGAUGGAGCAGCCCCUUGACAUGGCAACCGAAACAGUGACUUCAUAAAAACCCUUUGCCUCGCACUCUUUUCCUGACGCCCUGUUUCUUGUGUGCACGUGGACACACACACUCUAAGAUGCACGCACACUCUAAGACAUUCUCAGACACAUGAGCAAAGCAAAAGCAGCUCGGGGUCAGGCUGUUGCUAACUGCCAUGCCGCACAGAGACGUUCAUUUUCUGAUUGUACAGGAACCCCUUUGGGAGUUCCAUGCCAGGAAAUCUGAACACUAGCAGGAACAGUUCUGCCAUAAAUGGUUUGGGAAUAAAAAAAGGGACCAGCAUUUCAUGAAGUCUAAUCCACAAUUCCUGUUUGUGCGGAGAAAAAUCCAGGAGCUGGAAAGCAGGUGGGGGAGGGAAACCUCUUCACUGUGGCCAGUGAUUUUUCUUUUAGUUGUGGAAGCUCUUGAAGCGAAGGCCAAGGAAAUGUUGCCGAGCCCAGCCACAACUAAUGUGCCCAUACUCCUGGUCACCAGGAACAGGCUUCUCUCAGCGUCAGCUGUAAUGUGAGCAUGUGUUUUCCUUUUUAAGUAUUUCAAACCAAAAAUGCAGAAAUUUCUUGCCUCAAUUAUGGAGAAAAGUGGGUGGAUAAUUUUAAAUUAUUUUCAAAUGCAAAAUCUUCCACUGUACAGGAUGCAGUCAUUUGGGAGGGAGAUAUUAUUUGGGAGAUGGGGGAGAUCGGGGAAAGAGUUCAGUGUUAGUCUUUUUUUUAAACAAAUGUUUUUGGAAUGGUAUUUGGUUGUUUCAAAGACAUGUUUGUUUGUUGAUAUCCUCAGAGCUGUCUGUGUUCUAAAUGUACUUUCCUCCUAGAAUAUGGGUAGGAAACAAACUUUUUAUUUCCUGUUAUUCUUUCUGGAAAAGUUUAUAAAGCACCCUUGAUCUGUAUUUUUAUAUUGGUUUCUGACACUGCUCAGAAAUGUCUUGAAGGACACCAACUGUAGUGAUUACUUUUGUUAUGAAGGCAAUGUUUGACCAGUAAAAUAUGGUGCUUGGAUACUGCCUGGUCCUCUUUGAGCCAGUGUUUCUAAUCUUUAUGAAUAGAAAAGAGGAAGGAGUUGGUCUCACAGAAAGUUUCCUUUCUGGGAAACUGUAAAGUGGAGGAGAUGCAGGGCAAGGUUUAUGUGUAGUGUCUUGUCCCCAAUCCUGUUCAUUUUUCACAUCUCCUGAUGUUUGUUUUCAAGCUUAACCUUUUUAAUUCUGGCACAGCUCUGGGAGGAACCCAUCCUCUUGUUAGAUAGGUGAAUGGUGUAUGACUCUAUAGUUGAGCUUCUUACAAAUGCCAAUUAUGCCUAGAAAAUUCACCUUUCUAACCACUUUAUCCAGUCAUAUGAACUUACAUUCACACACUGCCUGCAGAAAGUCUAAAACUAAUUUGAAGAUUUGUCUUAAAAAAAAUUGGAAAACACUUUUAAUGUCUUUAAUACUUUUAUUCUUCAAGGUGUUGCUUGCAGCCAUUAGUCCUUGGUACCUGUGAUCCAAUUCUUGUUGGACCACAGAAGACGGUCAUUGUAGAAGCCCUUGCUAGUUGGCUUUGCCAGCUGGGCACCUUUAUCUCCAAAGAUCCCAAUUGACUGAAUGGAGGUGAUGAGGUCAGGAACAAGGCCAGGGAAUCUGAAGACUGCUUGUAGAAUUGGAAGUUGGGAUUCAUUUUAUCAGAACUUUUUAUGCAUGCUUGUUUCAUUUGCAGAAAAGUCCCCUCACAUCCAGGCUAGCUUCAUCCUUGAGCUUGUAGACUGCAAGUUUCUCAGUGAUUUGGAGGUAAAUGUCAACCCUGCUGUAGAAAUAAAGUUGCAGGGAUCCCCACAGUCCCAAAGAAUGAGAUUCCACUGUGCUGUGUUGGCCAGGUGGUGGAAUAGUCCACAGAAUGUUUAUGCACACGAGGUGCAGGAAAGUGGGUGAUUCCCUCAAAGCAGUUUCCCCUAAGGAGGGGGACCUUUUGAGAGAAAUUCCCACUUUUCUACCUGCUGCGCCCACACUACCCCCAAUUCCAAGGUCUGCUUUUAACAGAUAUCCAUCAGUAAAAUGAACCACAGAGUUAAUCAGUAACACACUUGCUGACAGAGUGGAUUAUUUAAACAUUAUAAAGUGCUUUCCCAAAGCACUUCCUAUUCAAAGGCUAAAUAACAACUGCACUUCAGAUACUUAGUAUCAUUUCAUUCAAGAGGGUGCUGACUUUUUGAUUAUUCAUUUUCUAAUGAACCUGCUGUGGACAGGUUUGCUUUUCUUAUUAGCAGAAGUGUUCAGGAUAUUAGCUGUACAACCAGGGUCUUGAUUCAUUUCCUUAGCCCUUUUUUAUAAUUUGAAAAGAACUGUAUUUUUUUAAUUAUUUUUAUUGUCAUCUAAGGUGCCUGGUUUACUUAUUUUAAAACUGAAUAUUCAGUUUACCUGAUUGUUGGUAUUAAAGCACCAUUUAAAAUGGUGCCUAUUCUUUAUCCAAUGUAAAUUUAGGGUUAUCCUCUGGUUUUGGUAUCGGGCAAGAUUGGUGAAUUUUGUAAAGUGGGGGAUUGUUCUUACAGGCUUAGUGGGCUGUUUCAAUCUGCCAUUGGGAUCCGACUACAUCGUUGCUCAAGCUGGCUGCUUGUACAUUUAACUAGUGAAUGUCGACUUACCAGUGCAUGAUCCAUCUUGCUGCUGCUGCUCCAGUGUUGACCCGCUAUCCCUACCCACCGAGAAAAAUCCCUGUUCAGACAUGUUAUCCAGUUGCUCAAACCAGAUAUGAAGGUGGCCACAGUGUAUAUAUUUUUGUAAAAAGGCUGCGCUAAACACUGAAAAAUUUUGCCACCGUUAAUAAAUUAUUAAGGAGCUACACCAUCCAGAUCAACAGUCUUUGGAUCAUUGAGGAUACUCAGCUCCCACUCGUCCUAUUCUGGCAGCUUCGUUGCUCAUUCUAACAGGAAAGAUCAUAGGGCAGAUAUGGCCUCGUCCACUCUCCCUUAGUGGUCCCCAUUCUCUUCCUACCUGGUCUUGUGAUAACUGGAGUUCCUCCUUGGUAAUGUAUGAUUAUGCUUUCUGGUUUUUGGCUUUCAGUUGUUAACUAAUUAUUGCUGCUGUGAGUGUUGUGUAAAAUGAUUGGGAGAAUGAGCUUCAUUUGUCUAUUGCUUUUUAAGUGGUGUCUCUGGAGGGGAUAAAUAGUGACUGGAUGCUCACCGCUCUGGUAAUCUUCAAUCCUCUGAGCUCUUAGGUUCCAAGAAGCAAUCAGUCUGGCCAUAUAUCAGCUUAGUUGUCUGUCUUGUUACCCAGGUCAGACUGGACCUGGUCAUCAUGAGAAAUAUCUGAAUACAGCAAGGUGCUAGAGUUAGGUGUUCAAACCAAAAGAGCACAGUAACUGGGCAAGAGAGAUAUUGGCUACUGUAGAAUACAUAGUGAGCAGCUGACAUUCAAAAUCCAGGCUACCUAUUACUCCCUUGAGUGUUUACUGCCAAGUUAUUCUUUACAUAAUUGUGUUCUCUUCUCCUAAUAGAGGGUGCUGUUGGACUAGUGGAAGAACCAAGUUGUUGGGCACUACAGAGCAUACAGCCACAGUUUUAGUUGUAUUUGACAGAGCCAUUCUGAUGCGCACUAAUGCUGUUAUUAUAAUACUGGCAGCAGCAGGAGAUGGUCCCCAUUUGCUCUCUCUCUUUCUUGUUUGUUUUCCUUUUUUGCCACCCUCUCACCAAUGAACCUCUCAGUCCAGUGAAUCUAAAUGCUCAAGGAUGUUGCACUUGAAGCUUUAGUUCACCUUUGAAUACCUUUCCUACCUCAUUAAGGUCUUUUUGGUCACAUGUCUUCUGCUAACUUUCCGGGUGAGAAUCCAAUCCACUCCUCAUUCUCCUAAUGUUAGCAGCCAGUCUAGGAGUGGUUUCAUAUCCUGCUCCCAGUGUUUGAAUAGUUUGCUUGUUUCCUGUGCCCAUAUAGCAUUGAAACAUUAAUUGCACUGGUCCAGGUGAAACAAUUUUGAAAGCCAGAGAGAGACAAAUAGGUGCCUUGCACAGUGCUCUGUGCAUGUUCAUCACACAUUAGGUUUCGGGUGUGUGUCACAUAGUAGAAGCUAGAAAUUAUUGUGUAAGUUACAGUCAUAGACUGCUAGAAUAUGAAAGGGGGCAAUUGCUUCAUUAUAGUUGAUAACCAAGGAACUACAGGAUGUGCUGUGUUAUUCGGCAGUAAUGAAACCUUUAUCAUAUGGGGAGAUAGGUUUAUUAUGUUCCCCAAGGUCAGGAGCUCCAGCAUAACGUGUGUGAUUUGUAUUUCCAUUUGUGAAAAUAUUUCUCUUUGUAUUUGGGACACUUUGGAGGAUUUAAAAUCCUGCUGUACUUUGUGCUGCAAAUCAUCUUCCUAUGUGAAGACCAGUGACUAUAAUACAUGUCCUAGUCCUGUCGUUGACUGAUACUUAAAGUUCUUUUACCCUGCCCCUUUCUUCCCACCCCUCAACCCUCCCAAUCAUCUUUAACAAGCAGUUUUCCAGCCAGUGUUCGGGAACAACCCUAGAGAAUUCUCCCCUCCUACACUUGGCGGCUGAGCUGAGAUCAACUUGCCCAGCACCCAGAGGAGUUAGGGGUAGGGUUGAAGGGGUAAAUAAAACAGGCAUUAGCCAAAUACACCAAAGCUGGGAUGGAGCCUGGCCAAGAUGAACUCAUUCAGUACCACUUUAGAGUAAAGCUGGGACCUGCUUCAGUUGCCUGCUGAGUAACUUGGGACUGUAACUUGCCAAGGUUAGAUGUUCCAAGUGCAGAAAAUGGGACACAGCAGCCUGUGUCCAAUUAGAGAACUGUCUCUGACUCAGAAGAAUGUUACAUGUAUGUUACAGUUGCCUCAUAUGUUCCUCUGGCCUAUUUAGAUGAUGACCAAGCUGCACCUUACCUGCCUUAGGGCCAUGACUCUGACUACCCUUGUGUAAUGAAAAUUAUCUGCAUCAUGGUCAGUGGGAUACUGUAGCAGUGGGAAAGCCAGCUGGUCUUCAUUAGCUUAUAAUCCUUCAGUCAUAAAACAUAGGGUGGGUGUGUGUGGGCCCAGUAGCUGGUGUGGUUCAAAACAAAAUGUUGCUGAAAAUACAAAUUUGCUAUAUGCAAGCACUGCUAUAUCAAAGUACUGCCAGGAUUGUCUGAAACACCCAUUCAAUUGGUUCCAAUGCAUAUUACAAAAAUGUCAUUGACUGUGGGUUUUGGAAGGGCUUGGAGUUGAGGCAUGGCAGAGGGAAGAAAAAGGAUUAUGCGGUUACAGUGUUUGAGGAAGGGCUCUCACCAGGUCAUUGUUGCCUGGUCAUUAUUAAUGUGGGUAAAGAGCAGGCUGUGAGGAGGCUUCAGAACACAGGAAGAUUUUCAAAAAUUGAGACUCCAUAAUCUCCUUUCUGGUUCAGGAUGGUGGAAGGGGUAGGGUUUAGAUGGGAGAAUAAGUAACUAGCAAUCCUCAAGGAUCAUGUUCUUAAUUGCAUUUAUGGUUGGGGAGGGCGAUGAUUUUCAGUGAAAGCAGUGUUGAUGCCUGGAAGCAUUUCCUCUAAUGUUCAUCAGAAUAGGAGUUGCGUAUUUCACUGCAGAAAGAGGGUGUGAAAGUGGGCAAUAACAGUGUCCAAAUGUGUCCCAAGACUGUCCGCACCUCCCAGAUAUAUUAUAGACACAUGAAUUACUUUCCCCAUGCUACUCCAGUAAAAUUCAACCUUUUACCUAGUUUUGUAAAUAUCUUACUGCAGUGUUCAACAGUGUUCAAUGAUCUGUGAGGUUUAGUGACUGGGCUGAUUGCUUUUAAAUAUAGUUGAAAGAUCAGUGGAUUGAAGCAAGUGUCCUCAAACCUUUGGGGCAGAUGCAUUCUCUCAGCAGCUCUCUCCUCCCCAUUUACCAUCCUCCAUCCACCCAUUGCAUUUCUAGCAUAAGUGGCUUCAGCCAUGGUCUUAUCCACUUUGUGUCUGGAUGAUUUUAAUCCUGCUUUACCAGACAACAUUGCUCAGGAAAGGCAUCUAUAUCUGUAUUUGUUUUCCUAGGGUUUUAUCCUGACCUCUGUUUACCAAUUAGAAAGCUUGCAGUUUUUGGUGACCUUUUCUUUAAGAUUAUCGGUGGCCCAAUAAGGGAAUGAAUUCUCAUUGCCUGUGGUUGUGAGGAAGCCUUGAAUUAUACCUGGUGCGCCUUUAGUACCGUGUACUGUUACAGAUUUUCAGUAUCUUGUGUACAGGAUUCCUUUAGAACUAGCCGUGUUUUUAGAAAAUGAUACAGAUUGUUAAAUAAAUCUUGUAUAUACAUUUUGUACCAUUAUUAAAGGCAUACCUUUCCUAAUAAAAU